AUGAAAUUUAACAUAUUAACAAUUUUAAUUCUAUUAUUCGAAUGGGUAUUGUGUUUCGAUUCAAAAGAUGAGAUUUAUAACGAAGAAGAAACUCGAAUGUUAUUUGAAUUGGCUGCUGGAACAAUGCUAACUAAUAAAACAUCAUGUAUUUCGAGGUAAAUCUCUGAUUUUCUGCAAACUUUAUUUUUUUUAUCACAAGAUGUUUAUUUUCAGUUCGUCUAAAUUUCCUGGUGAUAGUAGAUUUGUUGAUGGUUUCGAAGUAACUUGUGAUAUUCUAACUGGAUCUUGUUCUGGUUAUGUUGUAGAAAUAAUAUCAAAGAAACAACUUGUAGUCGCAUUCCGACCAACUGAUACUUUUUUUCAAUUUUCCGCUGAACUAUUUGCCGCUGGAUUUCCGGAUUCUAACUUUUAUGACAUUGGAGAAGCGUCUUUUUAUUUCAAUCAAGCUUUUAAAACAGUCUGGCCUAUGGUGAAAAAUAUUUUGACAAGACAGGAUUUCAAAAAUCAUGAUGUUUAUUUUAUUGGACAUUCUUUGGGUGGAUCAAUUGCAUCUUUGACAAGUUUAGCUACGAUAAUUGAAAAAGUGAGAAAAACGAAUCAAGUAAAAGUUGUGACAUUUGGACAACCAAGAACAGGAAAUGGUGAUUAUGUGAAAUAUUUCAACAAAAUAGUCAAAUAUAGUUUUCGAAUUAUUAAUCGAGGAGAUGUUUUAGCAAGAGCUCCGCCAUGCUUCAAAGAUAUGCUCAAUUUUGAAACAAUGAGAUGUGAUCCAUUUUCAAAUGGACCAAAACAUCAUAAAACUGAAGUUUGGUAUCCAAAUGGUAUGAAAAAUGGUUCAAAAUAUGUUGUUUGUUCGGAUGGUGAAAAUGAUUAUUGUGGAAAUUCGUAUCAGAUUGAUUUUCAUAAUUUUGCUGGAGCACUUAUGGAUCACAGAAAAUAUUUCGAUAAAAUGAUAAGUCCCUGA